AUGAUAUGUGAAUUGGAGGAUGUGGAUGGUAACAUAGUAGCUGAUCAAGGAAAAAUAUCAGAUAUUUUGGUUAAUUUCUUCCAACAAAAAUUUCAAGCUCAGGAGGUAACUGUGAAUGAUCCAUUAUUGGAUGUUAUUCCCAAACUGAUAACAGAUGAGGAUCAAGCCAUGAUAGAGGUUAUCCAUGUUUUAGAUGAAAUUAAAAAUGCAGUAUUUGAUAUAAAUGCAGAUGGUGCACCAGCUAAAAUUUCUGCGAUGAUUAAUGGUGGUCCACAAGGAUUUUUCUCAAUGGAGAGAGGAUUGAAGAAAGGGGAUCCUCUGUCUCCAUUACUGUUUGUGCUAAUGGAGGAAGUCUUAAGUAAAAAAUUAAGCAAAUUGGUAGAAAUGAAAAAAUUGCAACCAAUGGUUGUCAGAAAAGGAGUUUAUCCAACUCAUCUAUUCUUUGCUGAUGAUGUCUUCAUCUUCAGUAAUGGGUCUAAGAAAAGUUUGGAAUCUCUUAUUAAUCUUCUCAACGGUUAUCAAGAAUGUUCAGGUCAAAUAAUCAAUAAACAGAAAAGUAAAUGCUUUGUAGAUGGUUGCACUCCUUUAAGAAAGUCUCAAAUUUCAAGUUUACUGCAAAUGGAACUCACAUCAUUUCCUGACAAGUAUUUAGGUGUCAUCUUGAAGCCUGGAAGAGUUAAAAGUGCUACUAUGUGGCCAAUGGUGGAUAUGAUGCAGAGUUACUUAACAGCUUGGAAAGGUAAAAUGCUCUCAUUCCAUGAUAGGCUGGUGCUCAUCAAAUCUGUUUUGUGCAGUGUUCCAAUUUAUGACAUGGCAGUCUACAAAUGGCCAAGUUCUGUUAUUAAAGUCUGUGAAAAAAUUAUAAGAAACUUCUUAUGGACUGGUGACAGUGAGGUUAAAAAAUAUGAUACUUUUGGUUUGAGCAAAGUAUGUAUACCUUUCAAUGAAGGAGGGUUGGGCAUUAGAAGACUAGAAGUGAUCAAUAAGGCUUUAUUAAUGAAAAUAAUGUGGAAGCUUAUUAAUUCUAAUGAUGACUGGUCAAGAUUUUUUGCUGCUAAAUAUAAAGAUAAAUAUGGUCAAUGGUGCACUCAGUGGAAAUUAUCCACAGUAUGGCCAGGUUUAAAGUGGGCUUGGAAGGAAUUGAAGCAGAAUUUGAGAUGGAGUGUUGGCACUGGAAAACAAAUAACAUUAUGGUUUGAUGCUUGGGCAGGUGAGAAAUCUUUAACUGAAUUUGUGGGUAUUAUUGAUGCAAUCAAAGAUAAACUGCACAUGACAAUGAAUGAUAUUUUGGUGAAUGGUGAGUGGAAAAUUCCAAGUGAAUUACAAGCUUUUAUUCCAUCUUCAUUACCAGCAAUAAGUGGAGAGCAAGAAAAACUUAUAUGGAGUGGUGACAUAAAAGGUAUUUAUUCUACAUCUGCAGCUGUUGAAAAAGUCAGAACCAAAGAACCAAGAAUACAUUGGCCUGAUCAAAUAUGGAAAAAAUUUCUACAUCCCGGUAUUGAUAGUAACAUUUGGAAAAUACAAAAAAGUGUGUAUGUUGAUGGUGCAAAACUAAUCAAGAAAGGUUAUUCUCUUGCUUCAAAAUGUUGUAUCUGCCAGCAAGAUCAAGACAGUAUGGAGCACAUCCUCUGGUUCUGCAACUUCAGUAAAUUUAUUUGGAAAUGGUUAGUUGCUAUCUUUCAGUUCCAACCUCCUACUUCUUUCUCUGAUGUUCUUAAAUCUGCAAAACAAAAGAGCUCAAUUAUUAAACAAGUAUGGCUCACAGCUGCAUGUGCCACAAUGAGAGAAUUAUGGUUUCAAAAGAAUAAACUCAUUCAUGAAAACAUCAUACCAAAUGUUGAGAACUUCAAAAGAAGAAUUUUGAGUUUGGCAUUUUAUGGUGGUUUCAGAAUGACAGGUACAAGAUGGGGACAAAACUAUGAUUCUGAUGUACUCAAUUUUUUCAAUCUUGGACAAAGAAGCAUGAAGUUCAGAGUCAUCAAAGAAUGUCAGUGGAGCAGUCCAAAUAUUGGUUACCCCUUAUUCUGUUGUGUUGGUUCUGUAAUUGGUAACCCAGGAAUGGCUGGCUUUGGUAUUAUUGCAAGAAAUCAUAACAAUCAAGUCAUUGGAACUGUUUCAGGUGGUAUUAGAGUUGCUACUUCUUACAUAGCUGAUGUUUUAGCAAUUGUAUGGGAUGUAGAAUGGGAUGCUAAAUUGCAAUGCAGUAAAGUUCUUAUCAGAGUUGUUCCAAAAUCAGUGAUUGAGGAUUUCAGCAAAAGCAUAGUUCCAUGGUGUCUUCAUACAAGGUGGAUAAAAGAAAAAAGAAACAUUUCUGAGAUUAUAUUUGAGCAGUGUUACAAAGAAGUAAAUUUCUAUGUUAUAGAACUAGCUAAGAAAGGUACACAGCUUCAUCAGGGAAAUGUAGAAAUUCAUACAGGGAAACCUCCAUCUCUUGUUCAAGUUGAGUUACCUGGUAGAAAAUAUUACAUAUUUUGCUAG